GUUAUUUUAACCCUCUGACCCAGUAUAGUGGCAGUCUUCUGUUAUUCCAUUAAUACAGUAAUGUCAGGUCAGUGCGCUGCAGUUGCACUCAGAUUGGGCAAUUCCUGUCAGUAAUGUGACCGGCUUUACUUCCUUACUCUUUCUAGUUUCGUUUCUGUCAGUUAGGCAGAGGACGCGGCAGCUUUUAGACUCACAUCUAUCAUCUCUGCUCAAGCCUCAAAGAGACCGAGGAGUUACUGCACAGAAAAGACUGAAUACAUACAGGAGAUCACGGCAGAGAUGGCAGGCGUUAGCUUUGUUAGCUUGUUGGUGGCUACCUUCAUCCUGAGCUCAGACCUUACUUUAGCGCAUAAUCCUCCUGCCUCCAUGGUACCUCCUGCUAUGUUUGGAAGCAUUGCUGCCUCAUCUAAGAGCCCUGCUCCCACCACCCCUACAACUACAGCUCACAUCACCACCACCGCUCAUCACACAACUGCCAAUCACACAACAGCUCACACCAAUCCCACCACUACUCCUUCAAAUGCAACAACUGCCCACGUCAACAUUACCACCACUACCCCAUCGACCCACCAUACAACCGCCAACUUGACAACCCCUCACACUGUGCCCAUUACCACUCAUAAACCUGGACCAACGCCACCGGCCAACAUCACCACCACCGCUCAUCACACAACUGCCAAUCACACAACAGCUCACACCAAUCCCACCACUACUCCUUCAAAUGCAACAACUGCCCACGUCAACAUUACCACCACUACCCCAUCGACCCACCAUACAACCGCCAACUUGACAACCCCUCACACUGUGCCCAUUACCACUCAUAAACCUGGACCAACGCCACCGGCCAACCUCACCCUGGGGAACUACACCGUCAAGGCUGGAAACAACUUGUGUAUUAUGGUCCAGGCGGCAAUCCAGGUCAAUGUAAGCAACUCUAAGGCUACAGGUGUAUUCAAGGUUCAGCCAAACCAGGUCAGUCCUGCCGGGAGCUGUAACGUCAAUAUGUCUAAUAUUGACCUGAAAUUCAAGGAGGGAAAUAUCUCUUUGAACUUCAUCAAGAAUGACACCACAAAGAAGGUCUAUGUCAACACUGUGUCUGUCAACUUGAUCUACGCCUUCUCAAAUAGAGACUUGUACAAUAUCUCCAAAACGAAUAAGUCAGUUCAGCUUUUCAGUAUGAAGGUGGGUCACUCCUACUCCUGCAAGUCAGAGUCGGUCUUUCUUGGUGAUGGUAUCAAUCUAGAGUUCUCACAGCAGAGGAUUCAAGCCUUUAACUUCAGCAACAACCAGUUCGGCCCACUUGACCUGUGCAAGGCUGACGAGCCUAACUACAACGUGGCCAUUGCUGUAGGUGUGGUUCUGAUCGUCCUCAUCAUCAUCGUACUCAUAGCUUACUUCUUCAGCAGGAGAAAGAGAACAGACGGGUACCAGACUCUCUGAAAGACUCCACCGAUUAACAAGAGAGGACAUCAUCAUCAUUAGUGCCACUUAAAACAGCAUUAUACAUUAAAACCAGCACUCGUAUUCCUAAACAGUUAAGAAAAGGGAGUUUUUCUGUUAACGCCUGCUCUGCGAAAACUGACAUCCUUUAAUACAGGCAUCAAGUACUGCUACUCUUGUAGCCGAUACAAUCUGUACAUCCACUAAAAUUGUGAAAUCUUGUACAAAAAGCAGAUUUGUUGUACAGAAGUGCUCCAAAUGCAGCAUAUAGUUUCAGUUCCUAGUGCUUCUGCCUACUUUGUUCACAUAGUAAAUCACAAAGGGAUUUUUUGUGCUUUCCUUACUAUGCUUAAAUGUCUUAAACCUUAUGUAUGUGUAUAAUUGCACUCAUUAUUUUCAUUAGCAGUGUUUUUUCCCAAAAGUAUGAUAGACUGUGUGCUUGAGCCCCUCCACAAUGACUGGAUCUGAUAUCAUUUUGUUGAGGUCUUAAGUAGUUCUGAGAUUUGUGAGAGAUGAAAAGAAAAUGGAAGACUGAUCAUAGUUCAGUAGUAAAUCCUAAAAAAUAGCCUAAUCACCAAAGAAAUUUACAAGUAAUAUCAACUGCAAAAUGCGGAAAGAUACUAAUGAUAUACAAUUUGCAGCACUGCAAAAACACUUAGCUUCAUAGAUAUCAUCGCUGACAAAAAAAAAAAAAUACCUGUCAAAUUACAUUUUUGUUGAUUUUCUAGGUGAAAA